GAUCUUACGGAAAUGGUAUUUAUUAUCCGGAGAGAAGAAUCUCUAUCCGGAAUUCACACAGGCUAAUAUAGCUCUGAAAUAAACGAUUGUGCUGCAAGAUAAUAUGUCAAAUGUAUUACUGGCGAAACGAGGUUAAAGUUCACGUGUAUGACAAGUCAUAAGUGCUUAUCCAGGAUUUGAUUCAUAAUACUCAUAUAUCCCAUCGAAUAAAUUGAAAAGCAAAAGAAUUUAAAGGAAUUAUUCGAUACUGUAGUUUAUUCACGAAAUAGAGUGAGCGUUGUGAGUCCAUCAGUAAUGUUAUCUGUUCCACAAACUUCUCAGAAUAAAGUUUCCGAGACGAAGCGCCGGAAUGUUACCCUUACACAUGGUCGAAGCUUAAUGGAUUGGAUCAAGCUGACAUCGUCUAAAAGUACUGCGGCGACGAUGAAAGGAGGUGUCGAUGAUGUUGAACUCAGUAAGCAUGCAAGUGUUGACGAUUGUUGGAUUUUACUCGGUGAAAAGGUGUACAAUGUGACAGAUUAUUUGGCAUUUCACCCGGGUGGUGUUGAACAAUUAAUGCGUGCUGCUGGUACGGAUGGUACGGGUCUUUUUAACAAAGUCCAUUCUUGGGUUAAUUAUGACACAAUGCUGAAAACGUGCUUUGUUGGAACUUUCAACGGUGACAGACGUAAAUUAUCCGAACCGAAAGCAGCGAAUUUUAAUGAAGAAACAAAUUCAAACAUCGUUAAUUUUGAAACAGCUAAAGUAAGGGCAGAAUUUAAUUCUGACGGUCAAUUAUGUUUAAGCUGUCCGAACUGGGAUCAGCUAAGGGAUGAAAAUGUAUCCUUGGAAUUUAUGGAGAAUGUAUUGAGACUUUUGUUGCACUUUUCUUCCGGUAAAACAGAGGCAUUACAAUGGACAGAAGUAUCAGCAAUUGUUUUUGAUGAACCUUUUCGUGUUAGUAUUAACGGUAAAACAAUAUUUUUGUCAUGUAAAAAGAUUGGUGAAAAAAUCACUCGUCAGUGGGCUUCGGGAUCGUAUCAUUAUAAACCAGUGUUGAAAUACCGAAAUGGUGAGAUAUUUGCAAUGUAUGAUGUAACACAUGAUACUGCAUCGGUUGUUUUGCGAAUUACUUCUCACUGUCGUUUAAUGAUACCCAUAGGACAUCACGUUCUGUUGCGGAUCUGCGUUAAUGGAAGUUUGAUCGAACGUCCAUAUACUCCGGUUCAUAUAUCGGAGGAUGGGCAGUUCAUCUCAUUUAUGAUAAAAUUCUAUAAAAAUGGUAUUUUUACAUCAAAAUUGCGCAACAAAAAAUGCGGGGACUUAAUUGAAAUUAGCGAUGCAUUAGGAUGUUUCAAUGUGCGGCCAGAUUGUGCUGGGAUCAUGCUAAUGCUGGCAGCUGGGACAGGUUUAACACCUAUGAUUCGAUUUACAGUCGAACGUUUGAAAAAUAAGAAAAAGGCAACUAUAAUUAUCUUCAACAAAAAGGCGAUAGACAUUACAUCAGAUGACUAUUUUGCGAAAUGUGAAAUACCGUUAAAUCAUCCUUUGCUGGAAAUAAGACACUGUUUAAGUCAAGCUGACAAAAAAUGGGAUGGCGAGAAAGGUUGUUUAGGUAUCAUUUCAAAACAAAUACUUUCGAAGUAUAUUAAUGGAACCACUGAAAAAAACAGUUAUCGAAUACUGAUUUGUGGACCAGAGAAUUUCGCUGAUCUUGCAGCAAAAUUGCUGAAAGAAUUAGAAGUGCCACUGCAACACAUUUACAUUUUCCAAGGUUAGCUGAGGCAGCCAUUUUGUUCGAGGAACUGUAUCUUCUGGUUUCUUCAUCCGACAUGAAAAUUGCAUAGAAAAACCGAGUUCCGUUAAUCAUUUUCCAAUAUAAUGCAUAAAAUAAUCUGCUGCCGUUGUUUAAGGCUUAUUGAUUUCUCCUUGAAAUGCGAUUCUUCAUGUAAGGCAUCCUUUGAGAAAUUUUAAUGUGAUGUAUUGUAAUGACGUAUUUCGCUCCAUGAAAAUCGAAUAUUCAGAAACCUUCACGACUGUACUUCAAGUUUCAUUGUGUGUACCUCAUUGCUACUUAGUCCAUCACUUUCCUUUUUUGAUAAAAAC